AUGGGCCACCCAGGAGCCACCUGCAUGUGCGACGCGUGGCGAGGAGUCACCAAUCGGUGCCACCGAUUUGCGCAGCUUCCCCUCCCACAAAUCGGUCCCACCAAUUUCCUUACCCCCGUCGACCUCUCCGGCGACUUCCAUGCUCUCCGCGACGCCCUCAACAAGCGCAUUCAAGAUAACUGCUUCAACACGAAGUCCACCUUCGACUUUGUCAUCGACGAAACCUUCUCGUCUUCCCUCCUCAACCACCUCCUUCAAACCCUAUCCACCCUCAACCGCGGUGUCACUCGCAAGAACGCGUUCGAUUCCCUCAUCACGUGCCUCUGCAAGCUCCAACGCGUCGAUGACGCGUUCCACGUCAUCGAAUAUAUGGCACGUGCCGACGUCGGAGGCUGCCGCCCCAGUGCGACCACCUUCUACCCCAUCCUGAACAUCCUAACGCGCCAGAAAGUCAUAGACCACGCGCGGCACGUGGUGAAUUUCAUGUCCACGCUUGGCGUGAAUCUGGAUCUGACGGGACACAACUACUUCCUCGUUGCACACUGCUACGCUGAAGACGUGGCUGCCACUGCCGGAGUUUUGAAGAAGAUGGGAUUGAUGUUGCUCUCUGCGUUUUGGGAUAUUAGAUGCCGUUUUGAUGAUUAA